AUGGAAGGUUCUAAGUCAGAACAUGCUGCAGACUUGACCUCAAAAGAAACGCUAAUUAAGCGAUACAAGCUGAAGCCCAUUUGGCGUUUAUUCAUGAUUGUUAAUCUUGGCCUUGGAGCUUAUAUGUUUGUCAAGCCAAAAAAGAAAACCUCAGGCAAAGAAGCAAACAUAGGUGUGGAGAACGACAAAGCUCCUGUAGAAACUUUAUUCGAACCUGCAACCACUUCAAUUCCUGAGAGACCUCUCUAUCCAGUUGUUCGGGAAAAAAAGGAGCCCAUACCUGAAGAUAAGCAGCGUGAGCUUUUUAAGUGGAUUUUGGAAGAGAAGAGAAAAAUCAAACCCAAGGAUCUUGAAGAGAAGAAACGAAUAGAUGAAGAGAAAGCCAUUCUUAAACAUCCAUUAACAACCCUCCGCGAAAAAUUGAUUGUCACACUGCAGGAUGCUAAGGGAAAUGAAAUAUCACAUACAGGUGUGGAGACAAGGUUAGUAAUAGAGAAAGGUGUUUGGGAUGACACAUUUCUCUUGGAAGGAGGUGGAAUUGUGCGCAUGAAGCUGCAGUUUGUCCUCAGUGAAGAAGACCGCCACCGUAUCCGUCUCACGGGUUUAGUUGACAUGGUAGUAAAGCUUGUCAAUGAAAUUCUUGCGCACAAAAUGUACUUUAUUGGAAGAGAAUUGGCAUUGAAAAAGAAACAUGAUGAGCUUCUCAACAGUGAACCUAGAUCUCCAGAAUAUGCUACUGCUGUUGAUAAUAGUGUUGCAUCAUCUUCACAACCGAAACAUGAGGUCUCAGAUUCAAGAAAAAGAGUUUUUCAAAGUGAUUUGGUGGCUACUCAAUUUAGUCUGAUGUCAGCUCCAUCCACUUUUUCCAAGAGUGGAAAAUCUUGUCCAGAUGAUAGAGAAGGAACAAAUUCUGUUCUGAAGCACACAAGUCCAAAUGAUCCAGAUAAACAUCAAGACUCUUCAUCCAUCACUCCUGUUUCACAAGGAUUUGUGGCCAAUCUAAAGGAAGAAAGCCACAGGAGUUUAGGAGAGAAGAGAGGAACUGAGUCUCCUCCCAUUGAUGUUCCCCUGAAAACCAUUCGCUCAAAAGAAGCCUUAUACUUUGGAAGCUCAGAACCAAAAGUGGCUGCAAAUGAUAAAGUUCCUGUGAAGCUGAAGGGAAUUGGGGAUAGUGUCCCAGAGAAGCAGAAUCUGCUGGAUAAAACUCCUAGCAAUGUAAGGAACAUGAUUACUGCAUUUGAAAGUAGUCUAAAUCAGGAUAUGAAACACAAAAUAAGACCACCACCAAUAAUAUCCGAAACAUCAAGCAGGUUGGAAACGGAAUUUCCUCGAAAAAGUUUGUUAUUAGAUGAAGUUAUGAGAGAGAAGAAUAGACCAGAACAAUCACUUCCAGGAAGGGCUAGAAGUCCUUAUCUUACAGGAGAUAUGCAAGGUGCCUCAAAAAAUAUCAGAGAAGGAGAAGAGCAUGUUGGUUUUGUUAGGCCACCUAGUGUGGCUACUUCAUCUGAGGGUACAGGGCAGCUGGAGGAAGAAUUAAGAGAUGCACAUUUUCGAACUAAAGAAACAAAUGCAUAUUUGAAGAAUAAACUGCAAGUUAUGGGUAAUGCUGAGAUAGAGAAAGAGCAUACAUCUGAGGCUUUGUGGAGAUCAUUGACAGGUGAAAAAGCUUCUAUUUCAGGAAGAAUGUUUAAUGAACAGUUAGGUAAACAAUCAUAUAGUAAAUUGUUAGCCAGGAAAAAACAUUCAGGUGGAAAUUUACUGAUAAGUAAAAGUGGAAAAGAAACUGACUCGAAAGAUCCUAAAAGAAUAAGCAUUCAAGGAGCUUCAGGAGAUGCCCAUUUUUCUUCAGAAUGCUACGGUGCUUGGAUAUUCCCUGAUGAAAUGCGACAGUUGUGUAUCACAACUGCUGGAACCCAAAUAUUGAAUCUAAUGGGAGGUUUCUGGACUGACACGAAAGGCCAACCAGGAAAGAUGAGUUCUUCUGUAGCAGAAAACUUGGAAGAGCAUAGCGUUCAUGGCGACACUGGUAUCAAGUCCAAAGAAUGCAAGAAGACUAGUCAGAGACAUGAAACGUCAGAACUUCAGGGUUCAAUUGAUGCUGAAACUUCUAGAGGACCAGUUGAGCAGAAUGAGAAGAACGAACAUGAGAACUCAGUUGUUCCUCCCCUUGUUUUUAUUCAGGUGAUGAGAGUUGUAAUCAUGAUUGGGUUUGCUACACUUGUUCUCCUUACUAGACAGAAAACCAGGUAG